CCUCUCUUUCUCCUCUCCCUCCACGUCGCGCUCCGAGCUUUCCUCUUCCUCCACUCGCAUCGCGCGACAUCGCUUGCGCCCACCACCUCUCGGCUCUCGCUCUCGUUCUCCGCCGCCGCGGCGGCGGCGGCUCCCCGGCUCUCACCGGACGCACCUGACAACUAUGAGGAGGUACAGCCCCCCGUAUCGCAGUCCCCCUAGGAGGGGAUAUGGUGGCAGAGGAAGAAGCCCCCCUCCUAGGAGGGGAUAUGGAGGAGGGCGGAAGGAGGGUUCUGGGAGUCUUUUGGUCCGCAAUAUUCCAUUAAGUGUCAGAGCGGAGGAUCUUCGAGUUCCUUUUGAAAGGUUUGGUCCUGUCCGGGAUGUCUACAUUCCAAAGGAUUAUUAUAGUGGGGAGCCUCGAGGAUUUGCAUUUGUGGAGUUUGUUGACCCUUAUGAUGCCUCUGAGGCCCAGUAUCACAUGAAUCGCCAGGUUUUCUUCGGUCGGGAGAUAACUGUUGUUCUUGCUGCUGAGUCACGAAAAAGGCCAGAAGAAAUGCGUAGCAGGGCUAGAGUCAGGGGCUACUCUGGUCAUGAAGGUCGCCGCUCUUCUUAUUAUGGGCGGUCUCGUUCCCGUUCCCGCUCUCCUCGCUACCGGGGUCGCCCUCGGUCAAGAUCGUACUCCCCUGCUCCAAGACGCCGAGAUGACUACUCUGCUUCUCCAAGGAGAAAGGAGGCACAUCGCGCGUCUCCUCCCAGGCGCCCGCCAAAGGAGCUUGAUGAAGAUAAGAAGCGGAGAUCCUAUUCCCCUGCCAGUAGAGAUGAUGCUGAAAAUGGUUAUGAGAAGAGGUCGCCCCCACCUGACAGCGAUGGAUCCCCUCCGCAUCGAAGGUCUCCCAAGGAGUACUCAGGCUCGCCUCCUGGAUCCCGCUCCAGGUCCGCCGAGUCCCCUGCCCGCAGUGACUGAUUGCGCAUCAUCUGGUUUGCAUCUAUUGGAUGGAUGCAGUCAGUCCGUGCCUACAUUGUACUGGCUCUGUUUGCUGGACCAAACUUAUUGAACUUAGUUAGCCCUUCGGGGCAGUGUUGUAUUGCUAGAAAGUGUGUGUCCAGCUUACUGAUAGUGUGUGCUGCUAGUGUCAUCUGACGCGAAGAACCCCUGUCCCGUGUACGCUCGGUGUUGGAAGCUUGUUUCAGUCUGUUGAAACCCUGAACUUGUAGCAUGAUGCUUUGCUUGCGUGCUGGGCCACGGCCCGUUUCCAGAGA